GCAGCAGCACAAGUCAAAGGCUGACACAGUGGAUGUGAGAGGGGGCGAAAUAACAGAAAAAGGAGGCACACACCUCAGCUUGAGCUUAUAAUUAGCUUAGCUGAAUUCUCCAGGAGGAACUGGACUUUCUCAGCAGUGGUCGAGCAAACCUGAAAAACAAAGGUUUCUGCGGAGUCAAAACUUUCGCCACAUCUGGUUUUGCUGGAGGACGGGGCGAGCCGAAGCCAGGCACUUUGGAGGCGGAGAGAAGAUUGUCUGUGCUGAAGAAAAUGCUCUGUAUUUUGGAGCUUAUAUCACCUGUAUGAACCGAGGAGAGUUUCUUUUUUUGACGCCGCGAAGAGACCAGAGUUUGGAAAGAAAGAGGACUCCAGCGGAGCUCGAGGUCCUGCGAGGGAGAUGAGAUGAAUUAGACCAAUAAAUAAACAUUUUGGUUGCUUUAGUGUCGCAGACAGUGAGAAGCAGGCCCACGCCCAUGGAUGAGGAGAGGAGUGCCACUACCAUCUCCGCAGAGCAACCUGAUAAUGAAAACCCUGACCCUCCAGCUCCAAGUUCACGCACAGACUGGAACACAGAGAGUGAGAACAGCUCUACAAGUCCACCGCCACUUCCUGGUGAUGAUGAAGCCUACACCUACACUGAGCCCCUCAUAUUAAGGGUGAAUGGCACCCCUGAAAGGUUAUUAGAUGGCGAUGGUGAUGGAGAAAGUUGCAACACAACGCCCAACGACAGCAUUACAUCUCAACCAGCAGCAAGAUCCACGCCCAUCCAUCACACCCAACCUUGUCGGUCGCAGCCCGGCAGCCUGCUACGCAAUGGAGUCAAGAGCCAUGAACACACGCACCCCACUCAGACGCACUGUCCACAUCACAUGCACACAGCACACCUGCCCGGCCUUCAGUCCAACCCCGUCAGGAAUGGCGGCUCUCACAGACAUCCCAAGCUGGGCUCUCUGCCGAGAGGAGGCUCCUCCACCUCAUCGUCAUCUUCUGCAGGACCCAAACACACCAAGAAACUGCGCUCAAACCCCUCCAUCACAUCCCAGGGCAGUAAGAGGAGCAAGAGCAGUUCAAAGAGUAACAGCUCCCAGAUUCCCACAGAUGCACAGGAUGACUGCUGUGUUCACUGUAUCCUGGCCUGCCUCUUCUGUGAGUUCCUGACCCUCUGCAACAUUGUGCUGGACUGUGCCACCUGUGGCUCCUGCGCAGGUGAUGACUCGUGUUUCUGCUGCUGCUGCGCAUCGGAGGAGUGCGGUGACUGUGACCUGCCCUGUGACAUGGACUGUGGCAUCAUUGACGCCUGUUGUGAGUCUGCAGACUGUUUAGAGAUCUGUAUGGAAUGCUGCAGUCUUUGCUUCUCGUCCUGAGGCAUCCAGCCUCUGCCGGACCGGGAAAACUUGACGUCUGCUAUGCAAGACAUAGCCAGGCCCAGGAGCAACUAAGAUGAGAAGCAGCACUACACUCGCUCGGUGUUCCCUGAGCAUCGGGAUUGAAAAUCUAUCAGUGGAUGUAACUAGCUCUGUCCUACUCAUUCUACAGGGUUUAUAAAGCAAAAAUAUGUGACCUAAUUAUUUUCUUUAUUGAUCACACAGGCUCCUUGCUUUGUCUGCGCUAUUGAUUCAUUCUCACUCAGUUGGCUGUGCAGGGCAGAGACAAUUUCAGCACUGAUCUGUGAGUGCAGACCAAGCCUCUGUAGCUUUUCUGAACCAGCUAUUAUUACAAUGAAACCCCCAGCGCCGUUUGAAUUACUGGAGUUCUUCAAGCAUGAAAAGUGACCUCUAAAGGCAAAUGAGGAAAUGGCUCCAUUUAACCGGAUUUUAGUGUUUCUGCAGAUAAGAGCAAUGGAAUAAUGGGGAACUGGGCUCAGAUCUCAGUAGAAACAUAGCUGGUCCUCCUGUCCUUGGCAAGGGUAAAGUCUUGAUUGGUUGCUGUGGCCUUUCUGGAAAACCUGUUAAAAGAGAAAUGUCACAUCCUCUGGUGUUUUUUGUUCUUGUUUAACAGAACGUUGAAAUCUUGACUUGUUGCAAUAUGACACACAAAUCUCUGAUGGUAAUGUGCUGCUUUCCUUACCUGGCUUAAUUACAGGGGAAGCAUCCUAUAUCAAGCUAAACAUUUUAACUUUAUGAGAAUCUUCAUAAAUGGACAUCAAUGAAAACAAAUGAUCAGCAAUGAACAUGUUUGUCCAUUGUUUUGUGAAUGGAGAGCAUUCUUAUGCAAAGAUCUCUCCCAACUUAACAUUUCAAACUUUGUUUACUUUUGCAUUUCUUAUCGAAGGACUUUUUUUUUUU